AGCUGUUACCGUGAAUUCAAAGAUUUGAAGUCUUUGGAGAUGCUCACUCAUCCGGAAGGUACUACUUUCAAAUGUAUACCUCAGGUUGACCAAUCAUCUGUAUACAAUGUUGUCUUUGAAAGAUUGAAUGCCGGUCAUUGUAUUGGCAUCUUUCCGGAAGGUGGAAGUCAUGAUCGAACAGAAAUAUUACCACUUAAAGCUGGGGUCACUAUAAUGGCUCUUGGUGCCAUUGCUGCCAAUCCAAAUCUAAAUCUCAAAAUAAUGCCUUGCGGGUUGAAUUAUUUCCAUGCCCAUUCCUUCCGCUCUCGUGCUGUUGUUGAGUUUGGUGCACCCAUAUCUAUCAAUCCUGAAUUGGUAGAGAAAUAUAAACAAGGCGGUUCAUCAAAACGAGAAGCAUGCUCAAAAUUACUGGAGACCAUUUAUAACGGAUUGAGAGCU